ACAACAACCAAUAUGAAUGAAUGUGCCACGUUUAUUUUGAUUACAGUAAAGCUUAUUGCAGAGAUGAAUGAGUGGUGCAGUACAUUUUCCUUCAGCCAAAUGUUCAUAUGAAUUUUUUUAGCUAUAGGCGCUGCAACUGGCAAUGCUGAAGUACCGAUGGAAUGCUGCUGCUGCCGCUGCUAUAUUAUGGUAAUUAGUUAUCUCGUAUCGAUUGAUGACUUUCCUCUGUACAUUAUGGAU